ACAAAAAUAUUUGAAAUUAUACCUUCCCAGUCCCUUCCCACCCCUUCGACAGGCGAUGGACGACCCUUCACCCUCCCUGCAAAGUCUCCAAUCAUCCCCGCCCAUCGCCGCCACACAAACUGACCACCCACCAAUCGCCGCCGUCGAUCAAACCUCCAACUCUCCCAAUCCAACGGUCGAAUCACCUCGCCUUUCAAAGUCCACCAUCGACGCUGGAAAACCCACCGUCAUGAAAAAGAAGAAGAAGAAGCAAAAACCACACAUUGUGGACGGCUCUGAUUUGCCACCGUCGUCCUCGUCAUCCUCAUGUUGUUGUUCUUCGCAUUCGACACAGAGAGGUUUUCGAAUUUCGAGUACCCGACGAAACCCUAGAGUUUUGAUCGGUUCGGUUCGACAGAGAGAGAGCGAUGUCGAGGCGAUUGCACUUCCACUUGGAAUGUCGAUUGCGGCCGUUGUUGCUCAGGUCCUGGAAAAGACAGAUGCAACUGGGGAAAGGAUGUCUGUACAUCAUCUUUCUAGGAUCUGCAGUUUGGCUGUCAGAGAAUCUUUAGCCAAUGUUUUUGGGGACAAGUUUGACUGUUUUGUGAGGAACUUUGAAAAAUCAUUUCGGAGCACUUUGAUGACUCUGAGAUUAAUCAAUGAAUCUUCUCAAAGCGAAGGAGGAGAGCUUCUGAGACAUUUAAGGAAAGAAAAUUAUUGUUCACAUGUGAGUCCACCAAUGUCUCUCAACACAGAAGGAGAUUCUGCAUGCAAUUCUGGUGUAAAAGAUUGUCAGUCAGAAGCAGUUCCACACGCUAUCAGCACUCAAGAAGGCUGCGGCACUCUCGAAGAGACCGAAGAGAAUAUUCAUCCAGAUUUGUUGAACCGGGAACUUGCCUUGCUUGAUGGACAAAGAAAUCAACAGUUGACGUGUGUUUCUCCAAGCACACUACAGUCCGUUAUGAGUCAGUCCGUGAUUGAACAAGCCCGCUCAAACUACUUCAAGAGAAUUGAGAUCAGUCUUAGCAUGAAAAAGCUGAAACUUAAAGAAGAACAGCUCUCUCUUAAAACUGAUUCAAAUCUUUUGGAGAGGUUUAAAUUAUCAUUGGGUAUUUCAAAUGCAUCCUUUAAAGCUGAAAAAUUCAAAAAUCAACUGGAAGACACCAGACAUGCUGAGCUGCUUAGAACGUGCAUGGACUGUCUCGUUGCUGGUUUGUUUGUCAUGUUGGGAUCCCUUGCAUAUGGAGCUUACGUUUACUCGCCCAAAAGGAUUACUGAAGCUACUGUAUCCUGUACACCUACCAUGGAGUCCAAGUCGUCCUGGUGGAUCCCAAAACCAAUGGCAUCUGUCAGUUCGGGAUUCCAGGUUUUAAGUUGUCAGGCUCAAGUUGUAAGUCGCAUGCUGUUUGGUAUGUUAAUGAUCUUGGCAAUUGCUUAUUUGCUGAUCCAGCGUUCAGGAACUUCACAACAGACGAUGCCGGUUACUUUCAUAGUCUUGCUAUUAGGAGGGGCAUGUGGUUUUGCAGGCAAAAUCUGCAUAGACACAUUGGGGGGCAGUGGAUAUCAUUGGCUCGUAUAUUGGGAGGCUCUAUGCUUGCUGCACUUCUUUUCAAAUGUUUUUAUUUCAAUUUUGUUUCUUUUUCUCAAUGGUCCCAUCGCUGUGUCUCCUGGGGCGAAGGGCGAUACAAUAUUUCCAUACUGGAUCAGGCGAUUUCUGUUCUAUACAACUGUGCUUCUGUUACUGCCGUUGGCAUGUGGUCUUGUGCCUUUCGCUAGCCUUGUGGAAUGGAAGGAUCACUUUUUUUCAUUGAUCAUAGAUUAUUUGCCGAGUAUGGAUGAUUGAUUCCGGAUGUUGGAAUGCUGAGAAGAGCACUGCUGUUUUAUUCAAUAAGCCAUGGCUAAUGUAUCGAGUAUUGAGUUGUGUAAUGUAAUCAUAUUUAUUUGUUUGGCCGAAGCAAGCCUGUCGGUUUAGGUGGCUUAUUUAUUUUGUGUUGUCUUUCUCAUUCUGCUUCCAGUGCAGUUAAGAGUUUUUUUGUAUGAAAAAAGGUUGGAUUUGAGUCUUGUACCAUUACCAUUUAUCUGUAUUGUAACAUUAAGUUGUACUCUAGCUGUUUUGCGUUAACUAAGUUAUAAAUUAUGGAAGUGAACUUUUGUGUUCUUUUGUCA